AUGUCCAACCAAGAAACGAGCUUUGUGACUCUUGGUCAGCGUGUCUUGGCGAAUCCUUUGAAGGUUCGUAUGCAUUAUGGUCAUCCAGAUGUUUUUGAUAGAGUUUUCCAUAUUACUCGGGGCGGCAUCAGCAAGGCCUCUCGCAUUGUUAACAUCAGUGAAGAUAUUUAUGCAGGGUUCAAUUCAACUUUGCGCCAAGGGAACGUUACGCAUCAUGAAUAUAUCCAGGUUGGAAAGGGACGGGAUGUUGGGCUCAAUCAGGUUGCUGUGUUUGAAGGAAAGGUUGCUGGCGGUAAUGGUGAGCAAGUUCUUAGUAGGGACAUCUACAGACUUGGGCAGCUGUUGGAUUUCUUCCGCAUGCUGUCAUUCUACUUUACCACUGUUGGAUACUAUUUUUGCACCAUGUUAACUGUGCUGACUGUGUAUAUUUUCCUCUAUGGCAAAGCAUAUUUGGCCCUAUCUGGAGUUGGUGAAUCAAUUCAAAUUAUGGCUGAGAUAUCUGACAAUACUGCUCUGAGUGCUGCUCUCAAUACACAGUUUCUCUUUCAGAUUGGUAUCUUUACUGCUGUGCCAAUGGUUUUGGGUUUCAUCUUGGAACAGGGUUUUCUGAGGGCUGUUGUUAGUUUUGUCACCAUGCAGUUUCAGCUUUGUUCUGUAUUCUUCACAUUUUCUCUUGGCACAAAAACACAUUACUUCGGUCGGACUAUUCUUCAUGGUGGUGCAAGGUAUCAAGCGACCGGUAGGGGAUUUGUGGUCCGCCAUAUCAAAUUUUCUGAAAAUUACAGGCUUUAUUCCCGCAGUCAUUUCGUUAAAGGAUUGGAAGUUGUGCUUUUGUUGGUAGUAUACCUUGCAUAUGGAUAUAAUGAUGGCGGUGCUCUACCCUUCAUUCUCCUUACUGUUAGCAGUUGGUUCAUGGCUAUUUCCUGGCUUUUUGCACCAUAUUUGUUUAAUCCAUCCGGUUUUGAGUGGCAGAAGACUGUAGAAGACUUCAGAGACUGGACAAACUGGCUUCUUUAUAGAGGCGGAAUUGGAGUUAAAGGAGAAGAAAGCUGGGAAGCUUGGUGGGAUGAAGAACUGUGGUACCUUGUGGGUCCAAAUCCUAUCAUAUACUACUCACAUUAUGAUGUCCAGCCAUAUUCUAUGACAAGGGAUCACUGGGGAAGUGCAGAAUGGUCUUCU